AUGUGGUCUUCUGAGAGGGCGAUUCCAAGGAAAACUCUAGGUGUCUAUGAGGUGGAUACUUAUUCAGCAAUAUCUGUAAAAAUCGACUCUCUGUAUCAUAAGAUGCCUAGCUACGCAAAGUUUCUCAAAGAUAUUAUAUCAAACAAACGCAAGUUGGAAGACCAUGAGAUAGUAAUGCUUACAGAGAAAUGCAGCGCUAGAAUCCAGAAAAAACUCCCACCAAAACUGAAAGAUCCAGGGAGUUUUACUGUUCCUUGCACUAUUGGUGAAGUCUAUUUCGAUAAAGCAUUACGUGACAUCGGUGCAAGUAUUAAUUUAAUAUCUAUGUCUGUUUUUAGAAAACUCGGCUUGGAAGAAGCUAAAGCGACUAUUGUAACACUUCAGCUGGCGGACAAACCAUUUCUAGCAACAGGGAAAGCGUUAACUGAUGUUCAAAGGGAGCAGUUGAUCUUAAAAUUGGGAGAGGAGCAUAUAUCGUUCAAUGUGUUCAAGGCCAUGAAACUGCCAGCAGAAUCAAAUAGCUGUUACCAAGUUGACAUCAUUGACAAGGCAGUACAAGAAACAUUCUUACUUCGCGGCCCAUCUGACGCCUAUUAA